AUGUCUAAUUGGAAAGGAGGUGGUGGUGGAGGGCGAAGUGGUGGUGGAGGGGGAGGAUAUAGCCAAGGAGGAGGGCGUUCUGGUGGUAGCGGAGGAGGUCGUCCCGGUGGUGGUGGCGGAGGCCGUGGAGGUGGCGGCGGUUAUGACGGUGGAAGAUCUGGUGGUGGGGGCGGUGGAGGUCGUGGUGGCGGAGGAUAUGACCGUUCUGGUGGUGGAGGUGGUGGAGGAUUCAGAGGGGGAGGUGGCGGCGGCUCUGGUGGAUAUGACAGUGGAAGAUCUGGAGGUGGGGGAAGAGGAGGACCAGUCGCACCUCGCCCUAUGCGAAACUUUCAAGUUGCAAAAUUAUCAGAAGCUGAAAAUCCGUCAAACUUUAAAGGAGCCUUGGGUCGACGAACUGAUGUUGUAGUUAAUUAUUUUAAAUUAAAAUUCAACACAAAAAUGCGUAUUUACAAAUAUCGUGUGGACUUUUUUCACCAAUUGGAGGACAAACGCAAAGAAAUUUCUACCACAAACAAGUUCAUUUUUAAAUUUAAUUUUUUUGAUAUUUUCCCGUUUAGAAUGGCUCUCCGUGAAAAGUUUUGGAGCUUUGUUUCGGCAAACGAAGCAUAUUUUAAGGGACGUAACAAUUUGGUUUAUGAUGAUUCUCAUUUGUGUUAUACUAGGAAAGAGUUGCCUGUCCAGUCUGGAACUGUUGGGGAAGUUACGAUUGAAACCGAUGAAGGACGAAGGGAUGGAAACAUGACCACAACUGUUAUGGUAAUUAAAGCAACGGGAAUUAUUUCAAUCAAACCACAAGAAACUUACGAAGAUGAUGCUUUUCGCGUUUUAAAUUUGAUAAUUACCCAACAAGCUCGUUGUCCAAUUGGUGCUCUUGACAGAACUAUUCAUUGUGAAGUUAGUCGUCUCUACAUUAAACCACCAAAUUUGUAUCAUGAACCUUUGGAUCUGGGCGGAUUUGAAAUGCUUCGUGGAUUAUAUGCUUUUGCAAAGAGGGGGUUAGCUCCGCCAAAGGGAAAUGUUGGGAAUGGUUUUGUUAAUUUUGAUGUUGCCCAUUCUGCCUUCUACAAAGUUGGAUGUGAUAUUCUUCAAUUCUAUGCUUUUGCAAAGACAGGAAGGUUCAUGAAUGCAAGUGAAAUUGAGCGACUUAAUGAUUAUGGAAUGAAUCAAUCACAGCGAAAUGAAUUGAGAACUCUUUUAAGUGGACUUAAAAUGAAAAAGAAGCGCAUUGCUGAAAAUUUUGUUGAAAGUGAAGCUUCUUUCUGUGACGUUGUCGACAAAUCGCCAGAUGCUUACAAAUUUGAAUGUGAAGAACUUGGAAGAACUGUUUCUGUGACUGAAUAUUAUGCUGCUAAAUACAACUACCAAGUUAAAUUUCGUUCAAUGCCUCUUAUUAAAAUUAUGCCGAGAGAAAGAAAUUUGGUUUUGCCAAUUGAGGUUCUCAAAGUUUCGGAUAAAUUACAACGUUUACGUCGAAAAUUGCCUGAUGCAUUGCAAGCUAUGACAAAUCAGUAUACUUCAACACCUCCUCGUCAACGUUUUUCUGAUAUUGAUCAAAUGGCUCGUGUUGAAUGUAAUUUUGAUCAAAACCCAGUUAUGAGAGCAUUUGAGGUUGCUAUAAAUACAGAAUUUCUUGAAAUUGGUGCUCGUGUUUUAAACCCUCCAAGAUGCGAAUUUUCGAAAUCAUUUCGUGAUAUCAUGGGAAUCAAGGCUGUGGAAAAGCCUAAUUUAUUUGGAAGGCCAGUUAAUAUUAUUUUUGAUUUGGUUAUUGUUGAUAGAUGUAUUUCAUUUGAUAGAUAUCGUGCAGCAUGGGAGGCAUUAGUUCAGUCAUGUUCACAUAGAGGAAUUACUGUGCAUCCAGACCCUGCAGGAGUUACCGAGUUUGACACACGCCAUAAGGAUCAACUUGCUAAUUUAAUCGGUUCUCGUAAACAAGCAGCAACAAAUUGGGGUCAAGGUGUUAUGCCAAUUAUUAUUGUUGCGAUGCCGGAUAAUCGUUGGAUCUAUCAAUCUUUCAAAGGAAUUUGUGAACUUCGUUUUGGAAUGCGCUCUCAAAUGAUUUCUCAAAAAACUUGGAACAAACUUCAAAAUGAAGCUGGGAGAGGCGGUCCAAUGUCUAGUGCUGUUGCUAGAAAUAUUUUUUUGAAAAUUAAUGCAAAAUGUGGAGGAGUUAAUUGCAAAAUUGAUGCGAAUGCUACAGAAAAAUGGGUGACUUUUGUCAAAAAAGAAGCACCAACACUUUUUAUUGGAAUUGAUGUAACUCAUCCGGCGCCUGGUGAUACACUUUCUCCUUCAAUUUCUGCUUUGGUUGGAAAUAUUGAUUUGAAUGCUACUCGUUUUACCGCAACUGUUCGUGCACAACAUCACCGAACUGAAUGGAUUGAAGAUAUGGGUGAAAUGUUUUAUGAACGACUUGGUUCAAAACUUUUCCACGGAGCUGAAUUACGCCCUUCUAAAAUAAUUGUAUUUCGUGAUGGAGUGUCUGAAUCUCAAUUUGAAGGAGUUAUGGAAUUUGAAGUUUCAUCAAUUCGAAAGGCCAUUGACAAAUAUUUUGAAGGAGUACAAAAACCGAGACUUACAGUUGUUGUUGUACAGAAGCGACAUAAUACACGAUUUUUUGAUAAAAAUGAUAGUGAUGAGAAGAACAAAGGAAAUCUUCAGCCUGGAACAGUAAUUGAUGGACAUAUCACAAGUUAUUCAAAAGAAUUUUAUUUGUGUUCACAAAAGGGAAUGCUGGUAUGGAAAUUUUUUUUGAUUUUAAGAGAGAAUUUUUUGGUGAAAAGUUGGAUGAUUAGGGGAUUUUCAGAUAAACUUUCCCACGAAAACACUCCCCAAAUUCUUCUAUAA